AUGGCAGAUGAUACGCUGGAGUCAUCCACCACGAAUCCCGGACAACAAGACGGUACCCAAGAAGCCCCCCAACACAGGAAGCCGAAGCACGAAUUCCCCAAAUCGCAGGUCGGAAAGCUAUGGGAUGCGUUUGGGAACCCCGAAGAGUCAGCGAAUGUGCUAGCCACAGGGGCUGGCCCCUCCGGGAGAGUUCCGAAGAAUGAUGUUACGGUUACUGAAGCUAUGAAGUCAAUGUCCUUCAAGGAUGCCACGUCAUUCUACAAGAAACCUUGCGCACGAGACUCUCUACUGCUGGGUAUUGGAGCUGGGUUCGGUAUUGGCGGCAUCAGAGGUGUAUUAGGAGGCUUGCGCUCAAUGUGGACGGCCUGCAAUUGGGCUGUUGGCGCGUUCGCGCUCACUUCUCUUGCAGCUCACGAGUUCUGCCAGCGACGUCGGGUACAAGAGUUGGACGGUAUGAAGCAAGCGGUGGAGUUGAUGAAAGAAUUGAAGAUUAAGAAACAGCGAGAAAAGGAAGAGAAGGUGGCGGAGGCCGCACGGUUAGCGGAGGAAGAGAAGAAGCGGAAGAGCUGGACGAACCUAUCGAACUAUAAGUUCUGGUAG